CUACACAUGGGUACCCCCGACGUGUAUGGUUCGUGUGAUCCCUACCAGAGGGUGCCACGUUCACCGAAACAGCGACAACAGCAGCAGCAACAGCAGCAACAACAACAACAGCAGCAACAGCAGCAGCAGCAGCAGCAGCAGCAGCAACAGCAGCAGGGAAACAAUGACAGCAGUGUUGAAGACAUUCGCUGCAAGUCACCGAACGUCGAUCAGCAGAUAAGGCGGACACGGCGUUCUCGCGCUCGCGGAGCUCGAGCGUCUCCAGUCUCGACAACGUGUCGUCAGAGGCAGUACAAUGUCUGCUGUUUGUCGACUCCUACACGCGAAAAACAGACAACUUCACGGCGCCGUGUUUGUGGUUCGGCACGAACCUCGGCUCCGUGUUGGCGAUUAUACUGAAUCUUCCGCCUCUCGGCGAACAGCG